UAAUGUUCAUCCCAGUGAUAGCGAAGGAAACCGAAUUUGUGAACUGAACCGUAACACAAAGUUUACGAACCCUGCUGAUUUGAAAUCAAAGAGAGGAUCUACCUACUAUGGCUCUGUUCAGGCCCCAUGUAUGGAUGAUUCCCAUGGGGUAACAGGGAAAAUGACGAGCGUCUACUGUCAUCCGGGAUAUAAAGGAACUCAUUGUCAAACAAUGUUGGAAGGUCGGUAUUCCAACCCCGCAAAGUCUUGUAAGGACAUCCGGGACUCAGGAGAUUCCCCUGAGGACGGGGAGUACUGGAUCGACCCUGAGAAGACUGGAAACCCUUUGAAAGUCUUUUGUGACAUGACAACUGACGGAGGGGGUUGGCUUCUUGUGUCCAACGUUGUACUUAACAGGCCAUCCGCCUUCCAAGUGAAGCUGGUAUCUUCAUACCAUGGGAUCAGCAGCUGCCUCAACAACAUAACGUUCCUGAAAAAAAUAGCAGUGCAGGAACUGAUGACACUUAUACCUUUCACUCAGCUGAGAUUUCACUGCAGCAAACGACAGGGACGUACGUUCCACGUGACCACGGCUGCCAACAGUUCAGGUAAAGCUGUGGUCCAGUACCUCAGCGGUCAGACGGAUGAGAAGCCUGACUCCUGUGGCUCUUUCGUGAGAAUGGAAGAUGACAACUCCAAAUUAGCAAAAACGUGCGACCGAUGGAGAGGCGGCAAACGAGGUAAGCCUCCACUUGGUAAAUGGGGAGAAGCUUCGUUAUAUGAUCACACUGCCUUUACGGGGCGCUCAAGUCACUGGUUGUUAGAAACGGGAAGAUUUGAAUGUGAUGACUAUAUUAGUGAUGGAAAGUUUGUUCCAUUGUCGUCAGGCGAUUUUUGGAAGGUCUUUGUGCGCUAGCCUCUCACUUUAGUAGACACCGUGAUGAGAGAACCUUUUAAAUCCAGGAAAAGUUUCGUAAUUUGUAAAGUGUUUUUACGAUUUU